AUGUGUUCCACAAAUCCAGCAAACUGGGUCACCUUCGAUGAUGAGCCACUCUUCCAGUCGCCUCAGAAAUCGGUUGAUAAUCAGAUUAGUUGUAAAGCAAAUGGCCUUAAACUGAAUCUGUCUAGUGUGCAUGAGUCUUCAAGUAUAUCAUCUUCUACAGGCAGCACUCCACUCUCGUCUCCUGUAGUUGACUUCUACCUAAGUCCUGGACCUCCCAGCAACUCUCCACUUACUACACCUACCAGAGACUACCCAGGAAGUCCAUGCAUCCCAAAGCCUGGGAUUCACAUCCUUUAUCCCAUCCCUGAAUGGCCAUCAAAUGUUAACUUUCUUCCAUCACCCGGGAUUUGCUCAUCCCUAACCUCGCAGAAACUGAGCAGCCUCGCUUUGAACACCUCACCUAAUGACCAUCCAGUUAAGACUUCGGUCUCCAAAUCAACAGAUGAAGGAAGCCCUAAUCCGCCAGGAAGCUGCGAGGAGUUAGGAGAAUUGUUGUCAGCACCAGCGCACUUCCCAUACUUUCAGAGCGACUGUGCUUUUUCCAGUCCAUUUUGGAAGGAAGGAUGCUCGCUCAGCACAUCACCCGCUAAUGUUAGCACACACAGGAAGGACAAAGUGCUCGACAGGAGCAUCUGUCAUCCUAAAGACAAAGAAACUUGCCAUGAUCAGAAAAGCCUUAACCAGGGCUCCUUCAGUUACAUCUGCGAGAGGCUUGAACACCUGCAAGCUGAUAGCUGCGAUGCCAUGGGAAGCCCACCCACCUCCAAUGCUCACACGUGGCACAAGCUCUCCCCUGCCAUCCCACAGAGCCUCUUCAGGAGCCGGAAAGCGGAUGGGUGGCCGUUCAUGCUGAGGAUUCCCGAAAAGAAGAACAUGAUGUCAUCUCGGCAAUGGGGCCCUAUUUACCUUAGCGUCCUAGCUGGAGGUGUACUGCAGAUGUAUUAUGAAAAGGGCCUGGAGAAACCUUUCAGGGAAUUCCAGCUGCACCCACACUGUAAGCUGUCCGAACCCAAAUUAGAGAGCUAUAAUGUCUCGGGAAAAAUCCAUACUGUGAAGAUUGAGUGCGUGUCUUACACAGAGAAAAGGAGGUAUCAUCCCAAAGUAGAAGCGAUCCAUGAGCCGGAGGCUGAGCAGAUGUUAAAGCUAGGCACCACAGAUUAUGACGACUUCACUGAUUUCCUCACAACGGUCGAGGAAGAGCUUAUGAAACUUCCUACUGUUUCUAGACAAAAGAAAAAUUAUGAAGAGCAAGAAAUGACUCUGGAAAUAGUGGAUAACUUUUGGGGGAAAGUCACUAAGGCAGAAGGAAAACUUGUAGAAAGUGCUGUCAUCACGCACAUUUACUGCUUGUGUUUUGUGAAUGGAAGUGCCGACUGCUUUCUAACCCUGAAUGACCUGGAGCUCCAGAAGAGGGAUGAGCGUUACUUCGAGAAGGAGGAGGAGAAGAAAUGGAUCGAUAUUCUCGAUUGCCAUUUCCAUAACUGUGUCAAAGCACAGGAAUUCGAGCAGUCACGAAUUAUUAAGUUUACGCCCCCGGAUGCCUGUAGGCUGGAACUGAUGCGUUUCAGGACACAGUAUAAUGGGCAAGACCUUCCCUUUUCUGUGAAGGCUGCAGUAGUGGUUCAGGGGGCAUAUGUUGAACUUCAGGCUUUUAUAAACAUGUCUUCAACUGCUCCAAUCCCAAUGCGUUUACCCUCUGUGAAAUACUGUGAAAACGUUAUGAUACGCUUUCCUGUUCCCACACAGUGGGUCAAAGCACUUUGGACCAUGAACCUCCAAAGGCAGAAAUCCCUAAAAGCAAAAAUGAAUAGGAGAGCGUGCCUUGGUGCUUUACAUGAGGUUGAAUCCGAUCCUGUAAUACAAGUCUCGGUUGGAACAGCAAAAUACGAGAGUGCCUACAGGGCUGUUGUGUGGAAGAUAGACAGGCUUCCAGAUAAAAACUCAAGUUCAGAUCAUCCACACAGCCUGUCUUACAAACUGGAACUUGGAUCAGACCAGGAGAUCCCGUCUGACUGGUAUCCUUUUGCUACUGUCCAGUUUGUCAUUCAUGAUACCUGUGCCUCAGGAACCGAAGUCAAGUCACUGGGCAUAGAGAGCGAUGUGCAGCCCCAGAAACAUGUGGUUCAGAAAGCUUUUUACAAUUACCAGGUUGAGAUUGAAAAGAAGUGGAUUAGGCUUGAUGGAGAAGAUCCAGAUAAGGCUGGCAAGUGCCUAAUGCAGUAAAAGAGGACAGGAGGCACCGUCAUAGGAUAUUAGUAGGAAUCAAUUUACAUAGGAAAUUCUGUUGUUAGAAGCAGCGCAGUGACC